UAAAAAAAUCUUGCACUUUUAAGAGACAUACCGAAGUUCUCCUUCUCUCCCUCACUGUCUUCUCACAAAAACAAAAUCACGCCGCCGCCGUCGUGCCAAUAUCUCGCUCUCACUUCCGUUUCUCUAUAUCUCGCCAAGGUACGUUCGUUUCUUGUUCGAGAGAGAAACACUUAGAUUGAGACUUCAAGGUGUUCGAUAAAAUGUCUUCUUCGUUCAACAAUAUUAUUGUGUUUGUUGCAUUCAUUUAUAUACAUAAUAGAUAGAGAAUCUUACGUUGGAGGCAUUUUAUUUUUGAAAUAAUUAUGACAUGCUAUACGAAUUAUCAUUUAAUUCAAAUACUGCUGCUAAAGUUACUCAUGUGAGUUCAUGAUUGACGUGAAUUUGUAACAUUUUUCAUUUUAAUCAGAAGAUAUGAUUGUGGCGAGAUUCUACUACGGGAACAACUAAUUUUCGUUUGAUAAGAAGUUGUGUAUGGAAAUGUGGUGGAUUUAUUUCUUGAGAUCUUCGGAAGGAAAAUAAGUCACUUCUAGUUCUAGAGAUUUAAAUACUUUAUUUAGAUUUCGAGACGAACAACAGAUAGAAAUGAUUGUAGCUAGAAAAUUUUCCCCUUCAAAGCUUAAGUCGCUCGUUUAUUUAGCUCUCCUUUCCGAUUGCAAAACCCAUGUGCAGUCAAAUCUUUUUACAACCUUAACACCAGACUCAAAUCCCCAUCUCCAUAGCCUUACAAAAAAUUUACCGCAUCCAUCAAGUAAUUUGAUUAGGUAUUUCUCUUCAGCACCAAAACAAAAAUUGCCCUUAUCUCGUGAGGGUAAUUAUGAUGAAGGUACUUCCCAAUCUCUUCAUGUCUGCCCUGGUUGUGGGGUUUUUAUGCAAGAUUCCAGCCCAAAACACCCUGGUUAUUUCAUUAAACCAUCUGAGAAGGAUGUAACGUAUAAAUUGCAUACCCAUCUUGAACCUGUUGCUCAAGAGUCCGAAUUCUCUAAGACAGUUAAAAAAGGGUUUGUUGUUGAACCAGAAAAGCUUUGUAGUAGUGAUGACAGCUUGAUCAGGAAACCAGAAAAGCCAGUGGUAUGUGCACGCUGUCAUUCGUUGAGGCACUAUGGGAAGGUGAAGGAUCCAACUGUGGAAAACUUGCUACCAGAUUUUGACUUUGAUCAUACAGUGGGAAGGAAGUUGGCAUCAGCAAGUCGGACCCGUUCAGUGGUACUUAUGGUUGUGGAUGCAGUGGAUUUUGAUGGGUCGUUUCCUAGGAAGGUUUCGAACUUGGUUUCUAAGACAAUUGAAGAUAACUAUACAGCGUGGAAGCAGGGUAAGUCAGGGAACGUGCCUAGAGUAGUGCUUGUGGUUACAAAGAUUGACUUAUUGCCUAGCUCAUUGUCACCAACAAGAUUGGAGCAUUGGAUUAGGCAAAGAGCUAGAGAGGGUGGCAUUAUUAAGAUUACUAGUUUGCACAUGGUGAGUUCGCUCAGAGAUUGGGGGCUUAAGAAUCUUGUGGAAGAUAUAGUUGAAUUGGCUGGAUCUAGAGGGAAUGUAUGGACUGUUGGGGCACAGAAUGCAGGAAAGAGUACGUUAAUAAAUUCUAUAGGAAAGCAUGUUGGAGGGAAAAUUUCACAUCUGACAGAAGCACCUGUUCCAGGGACUACACUCGGCAUUGUUAGAGUGGAGGGUGCUCUUCCAAGUCAGGCAAAAUUAUUUGAUACACCCGGCCUUCUCCAUCCUUAUCAGAUUACAACAAGGUUGAUGAGGGAAGAGCAAAAGCUUGUUUACAUGACCAAGGAGCUGAAACCUAGGACAUAUAGAAUUAAGGCUGGUCAUUCGAUUCACAUAGCUGGUCUUAUGAGAUUGGAUGUAGAAGAAACGUCCCUGGAUACUAUCUAUGUUACAGUGUGGGCAUCUCCUUAUCUUCCUCUGCAUAUGGGUAAAAUAGAAAAUGCAAGUAAAAUGUUCAAAGACUAUUUUGGACACCAGUUACAGCCACCAAUUGGAGAGGAAAGAGUCAAAGAAUUAGGGAAUUGGGUGCGAAGGGAAUUUCAUGUUUGUGGAAACAGUUGGGACUCAAGUUCUGUAGACAUUGCUGCUGCUGGCCUUGGUUGGUUUGCCAUUGGACUUAAAGGAGAAGCCGUAUUGAGUGCUUGGACUUAUGAAGGAGUUGAUGUUGUUCAACGCAAUUCUUUGAUACCCUAUAGAUCAAAUACUUUUGAAGUUGCAGGAUUUACUGUAUCGAAGAUUGUCUCACAGUCUGACCGAGCUUCAAAUAAGCCGCGAAGUGACAAAAAGGCGAAGCGGAAUGACUCAAAAUUGCUAUCCGGCUCAGUUGAAUCACCUCUGUUGGCUUCUGAUGGAGGCAUUUAAUAAUGAUAUCAGUUUGGAAGAAAGCAAAAGGAAUUGAAUUGCAAUUUAGUUUCUUUCUUUACAAUACAAGAGAUGAAUCGAAGUGAUGACACUUCUUUUUUUCUUCAAAAGAAUUAUCAAAAAAAAUUCGGGAAUAUAUUAGUGUUUUCUGAGUUAGUUGAAGUGGCUCAAUGAACUAAUUCAACUAUUGAUUUUUAUGCUUGUCCUUGUAAUGAUAUUUUUGCAUGCUAA